UUCAUUAUCAUCAACUUUCUUCCAAAACCUUCUUUCCAACAAUGGCUUCCGGUCAACAGAAAUUCCCCCCUCAGCAGCAAAAAACACAGCCCGGCAAGGAACAUCUUAUGACUCCACCACCCCAAUUCACCAGCCCUGACUACAAGCCUUCCAAUAAACUCCAAGGGAAGAUUGCAUUAAUUACUGGUGGUGAUUCUGGGAUAGGACGAGCUGUGUGUAACUUGUUUUCGUUAGAAGGUGCUACUGUGGCCUUCACGUAUGUGAAGGGGAGUGAGGACAAGGAUGCAAGGGAGACCCUGGAGAUGAUAAAGAGGGCCAAGACUGCGGAUGCCAAGGAUCCAAUAGCCAUACCGACUGAUUUGGGUUAUGAUGAGAAUUGCAAGAGGGUGGUUGAAGAGGUGGUGAGUGCUUUUGGUCGUAUUGACAUUCUGGUCAACAAUGCAGCUGAGCAAUACGAGUGUGGAACUGUGGAGGAUAUAGAUGAGCCUAGGCUUGAGAGGGUCUUUCGAACCAAUAUCUUUGCCUAUUUCUUCAUGGCCAGGCAUGCUUUGAAGCACAUGAAGGAAGGAAGCAGCAUAAUCAACACGACAUCAGUGAAUGCAUACAAGGGGAAUUCGAAACUACUGGAUUACACUUCAACCAAGGGAGCAAUUGUGGCCUUUACGAGGGGACUGUCCCUUCAGCUGGUUAGCAAGGGAAUUCGGGUAAAUGGGGUGGCUCCAGGACCCAUUUGGACUCCACUGAUACCGGCAUCUUUCAAGGAGGAAGAAACUGCAGAAUUUGGAGGUGAAGUUCCAAUGAAGAGAGCUGGUCAGCCUAUUGAGGUUGCACCAUCUUUUGUUUUUCUUGCUUCCAACUCGUGCUCCUCUUACAUAACUGGACAAGUCCUUCACCCCAAUGGUGGAACUAUUGUCAAUGGUUAAACUGCAUCAGUGAUACUCUAAUAGUACGGUGUUACGUUUUUGUGUGAAUCAGCUUCUCUCUUCGCUGUUCGAGGUGGGGGUGUUAGCUGAAUAAAAUAAGUCUUUGUAGAGAAAUAUGAAGAGUAAAAUCAUGCAAUAAAGUUCGGUAUAUGUUAAGGUGUA